AAACGAUAGCAGAACUCGAGGAGGAGCUGUCUCUUUCCAAAGAGGAGAACGAGAGACUCCAGAAACUACUGGACGCUGUUUUACAGCCUGAGCUUCGGAUACACAGAGCAGAUGUCCAGCUGCUGGUGGAGGUUAAAGAAGAGGUUCUCCCUGACCAGCAGGAGUGGAGCACCAGUCUGGACCAGGAGGACCCAGAUCCCCUCCCACACAUUAAGCAGGAACAGGAGGAACUCAGGAUCAGUCAGGAGGGAUAUCAGCUUCAGGAGCUGGAGGAGGCUGAUAUCACCAAGUCCACUUUCACUCCUGACUCUGUGAAGAGUGAAGAUGAUAAAGAGAAACCUCAGUCCUCACAGCCUCAUCAAAGACAAACUGAACACAUGGAAACAGAAGCUGAUGGAGAUGACUGUCGAGGACCAGAACCAGCCAGGAACUCAGAUCCAGAGAGUAGUUUACAACCAAAGACUGAGGACGACACUGGAGACUCUUCUGAACCUGACACUGAAGACAGUGCUGAUUGGAAAAAGACCAGAGAACCUGCGUCAGGCACAAACUCACUGAAAAAUAAACAUGAAUCUGUCAGUGAUUCAAGCCGUAGUAUUGAAAAUAAACCAUUCAGCUGCUCAGUCUAUAAGAAAGCUUUUUCACAGAGUAGGAAUGUAAAGGCACACAUGAGAAUCCACACAGGAGAGAAACCAUUUAGCUGCUCAGUUUGUGAGAAAGCUUUUUUACGGAGUGAACAGUUAAAGGCACACAUGAGAAUCCACACAGGAGAGAAACCAUUUAGCUGCUCAGUUUGUGAGAAAGCUUUUUUACGGAGUGGACAUUUAAAGGCACACAUGAGAAUCCACACAGGAGAGAAACCAUUUAGCUGCUCAGUUUGUGAGAAAGCUUUUUUACGGAGUGGACAUUUAAAGGCACACAUGAUAAGCCACACAGGAGACAAACCAUUUAGCUGCAAAGUUUGUGAGAAAGCUUUUUCACGGAUUGAACAUUUAAACACACACAUGAGAAUCCACACAGGAGAGAAACCACACAGCUGCUCAGUCUGUAAGAAAGCUUUUUCACAGAAUAUAGACUUAAAGAGACACAUGAGAAUCCACACAGGAGAGAAACCACACAGCUGCUCAGUCUGUAAGAAAGCUUUUUCACGGAAUAUAGACUUAAAGAAACACAUGAGAAUCCACACAGGAGAGAAACCACACAGCUGCUCAGUCUGUAAGAAAGCUUUUUCACAGAGUGGACAUUUAAAGACGCACAUGAGAGUCCAUACAGGAGAGUAAAUAUACAGCUGCAAUGUUUGUGACAAAAUAUUUAAAUGGCGUAAUGAUUUCAAAAGACACAAGUGUGUUGGUCGUCAGUCCUCACAGCUUAAUGAAAUUCAAACUGAGGAUAACAGAGGCAGAGCCUCCAAUCAUCAGCUCAGCUGAACACAUGGAAACAGAAGCUGAUGGAGGACAAUGAAUAAGUCUUAUGACAGUUCACACAUGAGAAAAAUCUGUCUGACUGGAUUAACAAUGUUGCACAAUAUUCCUAUGCGACUUAAAUGAACUCCAUCUUUAUAAACAUAAGUGGACAAUAUGUUUAAUGUUUUUGUUAUACUGAUUUUCUGAUACGUUAACUACUGACUGUUGAUGAACCAUUUUUAUUUUGGAUUGAGGACUCCAAGUUUCCAUAUAGAGAUAUAGGAUGAUUUGAUGUAUUGUUCUUUAUUUCUAAAUGUUUUUUAUCAUUGCUAUCCUGUUAAUGAGCCCUGUUUUACAUAAAUGUACCUGUUAUCUGAUUGUUUUUGCUUCUGUAACUGUAAGGGAAUACAUUUUCCUAUUUUGUAUCCUGAUGACCUAAUGCCGUUACAUGUAAUACGUUACUCCCUAAGCCUGAUUUCACCCACCUGCAACCGAUUCGCUAAUAAUCACAAAUGUUCAUUUCUUUGACCCCUUGACUCGACUAUGUCUUGUUACCUGUUAAGCCCGAGAGACCCCGGUUCCGGGGGCCUGCUGCAAUAUCUUGCAGAAAACAGUGUCUGAGGGCAUAUUCAUUUAAUAAACUAUGAAUGUUUUAUAUCCAUGUAACGGAACGAAACUCAUCUAACUGAUCAUUUUAAUUUUUUUUUCAAAAAAACCCCCACAAUGCUAACCCUGAGCUUCUGAAUUAGCAACGAGCAAAAAAUGCUAACAGAUGACUACACCGAUAUUCACUCAUAAAACCUUAUUAUUUAUCUUUGCUGCACAUCUCAACCCAUCGUUUCACAUCGUGAGGGGACACAGAAUCGAUGGGUGCCCUCAUUAUCACUCAAGUAUAGGAAUUCUCGGAGAUAAUGACAAGAACACACAUCAGAACAUAUGGAGCUAGUUAGCCAAAAAUGGCAAAAUGGCUCACCUGUGUGGUAGUCUGGUCAAAAGUGGUCUUCAAUGGCAUUAAAAUGAUGCUGAAAUUAAUCCGUAGGUUAAUCCAAUGUGUCUGUGUCACUUUGACUGAUUUCUGAUUUCUUAAUGCAAACGUUUUGUAAAGUGAUGCUAGACCAAAAACGUGCUGUUGGAUUGUGUGCUCUCUGCAGGACGGUGUCUUUACUCAAAGAUUGUUUAUGAAAUGAGAGCUUCACUCUGUUUUUGUUGUCCAAACAACGGUAACAGAGCGAUACGUCUUAUUUCCAGCAGAUGACAUAAAUGUUACAUCAUCCAGUUCAACUGUUAUCCACAUUGUAAUGAUUCAAAACAGCAAUGUGUAAGAUAUGGCUAUUUCAACAGAAUGUGAAGAGGUUACAGUCUUGAGACCACGUCCAAUAUGUUUAUGUUUUGUUUGAUUAAAUCUACUGAAAUGAGCAUUUAAUGAUUAAAUUAUUCUUAAUUACUUUCAUUACAUCAUGGGUUUGCAUUGCAAUAUUAGAAUGCAUAAAAC